AUGUCAACGGAUGUCAACGGCGUCGCCUUCGACGAGGAUGAAGACGAGGAGCAGGACGACGAGCAGUUAGAAGAUCGAGACGAUGCGCUGGAUGAGGACGAGGCUGAGGAGUCGGAAGGCAAAGAUGGCGGUUCUGGAGAAGCUGGUGGUGAGAACCAUCAAGUUGCUCAGCAGCACCACCAUGAAGCUGCUGAACAGCAGCAACAGGCGCUUGCCGAGCCGAAUCCUCCUGCCGACCGCGGAACUCGCACUGAAGGUAUGGGGGCGUACAGGUACCGUGAGAAUCGAGCUCUGCAGGCGCGGGUUGAGGAUUUUCAUAGGACGAUCGAUAUCCUUUAG